CCCCACCCCCACCCCGUGCCCAGCGACCCCACCCUGGGGCUGCGCGACCCAGUCGGGCUCGCCCUGACCGCUCCGCGCUUUUCGCUGUCUCCAAGACCGCUGCUUCUACCCGCGGCUCAGGCCCCAGGGAUGCGGCCUCCCAGCCGAGGGCCCUGAUCUGCCCCCACACCAGUCCGUUUGGAUGGGGCCUUUCCCGUCCCCCAUCUUUCAUCAACUUCCCCUGCCGGCCUCGGGGGCACGUGUGAAGGGAAGUCGGGGGCCAGGCUGCAGCCUCUGUUUCCGGAGCCUCUUGGAAAGCCCAGAAGACUCCCUCUCAAGGGCCCAGACCGACCUGGGCGGAAGAACCCCCAGCUCACCCCCAGUAUCUGUGCCUGAGGGUAAACAGGCCCCUCUCUGUUCUACAAUUCACAACCCUGGGGACUGCAUCCCCUGGGAAAAAAUGAAAGAAAAGAACUAAAGUCAUGUGCAAGGAUUGUGCUCGGAGAAUGGCCUCUGGAGAGAGGAAGUGCUGGAGACACCUGAGGAUCCAAGAAUGUUUCCAAACAAAGAGCUCCAGGGGAUUUUGAAAACUUCCUCUGGUCCAUUAGGGCGGUAGGAAUAAGCUGCCUCCUGGCCCCAGGGACCUGCCUGAUCCCAGUUGAUCUUUUAAUAAUCCCGUGCAGCUGGGGAGCUGCCUCCUGGAGCCCUCAGUGCUGGGUUGGGCAUUAGAUAUUAGUCAAGAUAAUAUCUACAGCUUUUUCAGAGAAGCAUGGGACAACUUCGGUGUUCCCAGACGGCUCCAUCUGAGCUGUGCCAAGGUCUGGGGCCCUCCAAACCCUAAUUAGGACAAAUCAAAUCUCUAGUGUCCACCUUAUUAACCACCCACUGUCAGACCCUGGCCUCUUGGUCUGACUGCCUGGCCCCUAGCCUGCCUGAUUGCUUAGAGAUGUGUCAUUAGUACCUGCUACUCAUCAUCUUUUUAGUUUCUCUUGGGGAGUGUGGUUCUUUCCCUGGGGUUGGUCUCCGUCACUGUGGUGCUAGGAAUCAGACCUGAGUGGCCUGUCUGGGGACUCUGAAAGCAAAACUUCUGGUGGGCAAGGAGGUUCAUCCUUGGACACCUGAACAGCAGCAGCUGGAGUAACAGAGAUGGACAUUGGGUGUGCCAAGCGCUGGUUUGUGGAUACCCAGGCAGAUCUGCAGUGCCUAAUGCCAUGAGCGUGGUGGUGCAGCAUGUGGAGGAGAAAGCUGUGCACUCCUGGUCGAGGAUCUCCACGGCAGGGAAAAAGGCCCUGGAGGAGGCGCUGCUUGUCUUUAACCCCAUGAGCCAGGAUCUCAGUGCCACAGAGGCCCAGCUUGUGGCCUUCCUGCAGGGUCUGCGGGAUGAUGGCUUCCAACCUACCAUCCUGCGCAGUGGUGAUGUUUAUGGCUAUAGUUCAUGUACAGCCAACCCCCCAAGCCAGACAAAGCUACAAGCUCGUGCCCCCAUCCCAGCUACCACAUCUCUUCCAACCAGUGCUCCCCGAACUGCCACGCGGUUGCCUGCAGGCCGGGCCACGCUGCUCCCCAUGCCACUGCCUGGCAGGCUGGCCAAAUCAUCCACACCAGCCCUUGCCAAGCAUGCUACCACCAACCUGCUACUGAGCUCUCUGAAGCAGUCAAGUGCCAGCCGUGCCCGGGGUGCAGCAGUGGGUUUCCCCACCCACCUCUAUCCAGGUGUCUACCCUGCCAUGCGGCUCUCCGUCGUCCUUGAGGCCCUGGUUCCACUCAAAACUCCCAUGCCCUGCUUGAGUGCCAAGCACAAGGCACAGUCACUGCAGCUCUCACUUGUAGACUCUCCCCUGAAGCUGCGGAAAGAUUCAGGGAAGGGGCUGGGGAACCCCCGGCCCAAAGCUCCCAGAAAAGGCACAAACAAGGGCCCCAAGUGUCUGACAGGCAAAGGCUCCAGGGCCAGACCCCAACAAGGCACUGGGCCCCAGAGCAAGACCUACAAAGCCACUGGGUCCCUCAGUAGCCUGCGAAUGAAAGGUAACUCUACCCUGGGCACUAAAACAGCCCAGGCCAAGGCAGCUCGAACACUGGCCAAAGCUGCUCGUGCCCAGGCCAAGGUGGCUCAAACACAGGCCAAGACUGCCAAGCCCCGGGCAAAAGCCAAGGCAACACAGAUCAAGGCCAAAGCCAAGGCAGCACAAAUCAGGGCCAAGGCUAAGGUGGCACGGAUCAAGGCCAAAGCCAAGGCAGUGCGGGCGAGGGCCAAGGCAGUGCGGGGAAAGGCCAAAGCCAAGACAGUGCGGGCCAAGGCGGCUCGGACCCAGCCCAGGGGCAGGGGCAGGCCAAAAGGGUCUGUACAGGCCAGGACUGCAAGGAGGGUCCAGAAAGGCCGCCCUGAGACUGGGGGGCAGAAGAGGAAAAGGGCUGAGGAGGCGAAGGAUCUUCCUCCCUGGAAGAGAACACGGCUUGGGCCCCGAUCCCCUAAGGCAUGGCUAGGGCCUGGAACAGCAAAGCUGCUGAAAUUCCGGGUCAUCAAGGUGGACAGGCGGUUCUCGGACGAUGAGGUGCGGCAGCGGGCUCAACGGAUCCUCCACGUGAACCUAUCCCCUGUAAUACGGCUCCAGCCAUUGCUGCCAUGCUCAGCACCCUGAUUCCUUCACAUAGCAAUGAUUGGGGAACCUGAGCCCAACUGUCUGUGUGGCCAGUGGCACAGUGUGCAAUGCCCAUGGACUCCACAACCCCGAGGACUCCAGGUGCCUCUCCAGGGCCCUGAGAGCCACCGGCCUCCUUUCAGAGACUGGAGGAUGUGGGGUGGGGGUG